AUGCCGACUUCGAACAAGUUCGGCUCUGUGGAGCCUACGUUUGUUGCAAAGGUGCCAGGCUACACAUCUCCGAAGUUCUCAUUCGUAACAAUCACCAAUCCCGGCGAUCUGACGGACAAAGAAAAGAAGAGAAAGAUCCGCCAACACGCCAAACGACAAUUUGAUCGAUCGAAGGCUAGAACAUAUCGAGCACGCUUCGAGAAUGAAGGAGCACACGCCAAAUCUGUACAACGUACGCCAGCUGUUGUGCCGCUGAGUAAUGCAUCACCUGAGCCCAUUACAGUGGACCAGACGGGCGCACAAGAUCGAAGACUCGAACUCAUCCCUUCAGUACCCGUUGCUAGAUCCGUGUUGACAACUGCGCCCUUGAUACCCAUGAGCUAUCUAAGACCUCUCGGUGCUGGCCGGGGUUACGAACCGUUUAAGGCAUACCCAGUUCCAGCAACACCUAGAAUGAUCCAGUUGCUGGAUUUUAUGGUGCAACACCGAAGUUUGUAUCAGCGCCCAAUGGCAUCGAUUUGGCUAAGUAUCGGCAUGGCUGACAAGGAUUGUUUCUACAUCACUUUGGCCCAGGCAUCGAAUUCGUUAUCAAGAUUCCAGGGCAACCCUUAUCCUGAGACUCCCGAGUCAAUAAGGUUUUAUUCCAAGGCGGUUAAAGCGCUGAAUAAGCGCAUAUCUUGCGACGCUGACAGAACAAGCGAUGGCGUUGUUGGCACGAUUCUCGGCCUCGCUUAUCUUGACAUGACUUAUAACAAAUGGGAACGAUGGAGAGUGCAUAUGAACGGUCUUAAGAGGGUCCUUGAACUUCGUGGUGGAGCGAACACGCUGCAAUCUUCCUACGAAUUGCAAAUGACUACUUUUUGGAAUGAUAUUAGUGGCUCAUUGACACUUGACAGUACGCCUUGGUUCCCGCUUCCGGGCUUUGCGGCAGCUCGAAAACAACCAAGUUAUGAUCAUCGCCUACGUAAAUUUGAGCCUGAAUUCAAAGACGGCACAUCACUCGCGGACGGGCUGAGAAGAGCCAUUUACGAUCUUGCAGACGUUGCAGAUUACGUCGAAGGAAACGGUCUGAGCAGCGACGAAUCACAGCGCGAACUUUUCGUUGCACAACAGUUGAAUCCAGUCAUACAUGGCCUUCUAUCUCUUCCCCGCGUUUCGCCCGAGAAUGCAAUCAACGAGGGGUGUACUCAUCUUCGAGACGCUGAGAUGUUGCGCCUAUCUGCUCUGCUUUUGUGCGGGUUUAUUAGAAGGCACGCGCAAAGCGGCUUGCCAGCUAUUGUUGAAAAUCGAUGCAGGCUUAGAAACCUGCUACAUGACACGGCAGGCAGCUCGGGUUUGCACUUAACCCUGAGACUGUGGAUUUUAACCAUGUCUGCACUAGCUGACCCGUAUGAUCGAGCCGAUGAUGUGGCACAACUGGCUUUGACGAUGGAAUUGCUUCAGUUGCGAAGCUGGUCCGCGGCACUUGCGCUCCUGAGAAGCUUCAUUUGGAUCAGUGAGAUGCUGGAUGAAAUGGUGCAUGUCUUGGGAGACGAAGUCGCUACGUACCGCGCGAUGUAUGCAACCGGAAUCCGGUUGCGCUUUGGAGUGUUACAAUUUAAAUGGCCAUUUUUCUUUGCGUGCCGAAAACUGAUGCGAGGAUUCUAA